AUGACCGGAGGGUAUAAAUUAAGAGAUAGGGGAGACGCAGGGAAUCGUGAGGAUGAGGGGGAUGACACAUUGGCAGUGGCCCCACAGGGGGAUGGUAGUGAAAGCAAUUCAGAAAUGUCUGUGUCUAUCGCCGAAUAUAGGCGGUUGGAGCUUCGAGUCAGAUUAGCAGAAAUCGAGCUAGAAACGCAAAGGUUGCGAAGUGCAAGUAACUCGGGGACCCCUACGGAGGCCGGUACAUAUGUGAUGGGGGAAGAGGAUAGGAUGUUAAAAUUUGCCUCCCUCCUAAAAGGCGUGUUGUCGCCGAUGCCGACACAGGAAUCACUUAUCCCUGGUUGGUUUGAAGAUGUGGAAGCAACGCUAGACUCGUAUAAGGUGCCUAGUGCGUGGCGAGCAGGUCUGAUACUUCCAUUGCUUAGCGAAAAGGCGAGAGCAUUGCUGGUGAGACUUAAUUCAGCUGACCGUGCGGACUACAAAGUGCUCAAGACAAAAAUCCUCGAAGGGCUAAGACUGUCUACCGCGGAAUACAAACGACUUUUUGUCAACUCCAAACCGGACAAAAGGGAGACCUGGGAGCAGUUUGCAGUAAGGCUAGAAAAUUACUUGCGCUACUAUUUGAAUAGUUGUAAAGUAACUACUUUUGAGGACUUAAUCCAAUUGAUGGUCACGGACAGAAUGAAGGAAUGCCUAUCGCCGGACGCAAAGGCUUACGUCGCGUUGAAUGAAAAGGAGAAGUUCCUUCAGCCCAAUGAACUAGCAAGACUAGCAGAGAACUUCCGCGAAAGCGUUAGAUGCAAGGCGGCAGCAGCAGCUGUAACCGGGACAGAAAGCACAGUGGAACGGAACUUCCCAAAAGGCCAGGCAAAGACUCGCGUUAUAGAGAACGGGGGUGCAAAGCCUAAGAGGAGAGGUUGUUACAACUGCGCAUCGCUCGACCACAUUGCCAAACACUGUACUAAGAAGGCUGGAGAUUCCGCGGCGCGCAUUAAUGCAGUGAGCCUUGUAUCUGAAGAAAGCAGCAGCGAGAGUGAAAGCGAGAAUGCCAUUAUUGUCGCUAGGGUACUGCUGCCCUUAGAAGAGAGUAGCACUCAAGAGAUGCCAAGGGAUGUAAGAGUUAAAUUACAGGAUAUGCAUGAGGUGUCUGUAAAAAAUGGUGAAGCUACUUUUCAAGCGUACGUAGACUCAGGAGCCGAGAUCACAGUUAUCCGCAAGACGGUGCUUGCGAACUACGUAAAAACAGGAUCAACAAUGAAGCUCGUCAGUGCCUUCGGAGAUGAGGUGGUCGCGGAAUUGGCGUACGUUCCGUUGAAAUUGACAGAUAGCUCGCCCUAUGUUUCCGAACAGCCCUCUGACCCAGUGUUCUUGUGCGCGUUAGUGGACCGCAUGGCUAAGAGAGUGAAUGCGCUAAUCACUCCAGAUGUGUACAAGGGGUUGUCUGACGCAAGUGCAAAAGUAGAUGAGGGUGACGCUCCGGAGAAAGCGCAGAACGCUCAGGAGCACGCUGACAAUGAGGACCAUUGUGAGUCAACGACUGUGUUAGGUGUAGGGCACGAUCAGGGAUGUGAUCCUGCUGCAGGCGAUAACAACUCCCCGCGGCAGAUUUUUAUGAAUAGCCAGAGUGAGGAUGGGAGUCUUAGAGAGGCAUGGGAGCAAGCGAGAGCAGGAAAACACGGGAUGAUAGUUGUUGACGGCCUGUUAUCUCAUAGUGACUACGUAAAUGGGCGCGAAUGCAGGCAGUUAGUCCUCCCAAAAGAAAGACGUAGUGAGGUUCUACGACUGGCACAUGAUUCGGACUGGGCAGGGCACCUAGGCGAGCGAAAGACGCUGCAGCGUAUAAAGAGCUCAUUUUACUGGCCAGGUAUCACCACCGACGUGAAGCGCUAUUGCCAGAGUUGCCACCAGUGCCAAAUUAAAGCGCCAACAAGAAUGACAGACAGAGUACCGAUUGCACCGAUAGCUAGACCACGUACCCCCUUCCAAGUUAUUAACAUGGACUGUAUAGGUCCCGUUAAUCCUCCAUCAGCCCGUGGACAUCGCUACGCGCUGUGUGUGGUUGACUUAUGUACGAGAUGGACUGAGGUCGUGUGCUUGCGAGCCCUUACGGCAAAGGCUACCUGCGAAGCCCUGUUAGACAUAUUCUCGCGUCUCGGUGUACCGGAGACCAUAUGCUCGGAUCAAGGGACGAACUUUACCUCUCAUUUGACUAGGGAAUUUCUGGCACGAAUGUGCGCGACGCCGCGUUUCUCCACAACCGAUCACCCCCAGAGUAAUGGAUUAGUGGAGAGGUGGAAUGGUACCUUCAAGUCAAUGCUAUACCACACAGUCGAAAAACAUGGGCGGAACUGGGAUAAACAUGUUCCUUUCUUACUCUGGGCAUAUCGCGAAGUCCCAAAUGCGACUACGGGGGAGACACCCUUCGAAAUGAUGUAUGGGAGAGUGCCCACUGGACCGCUAACAAUCUUGCAGAAAAUGUGGUCAGGAGAAUGGACAGUGCCUGAUGGGCUAAGCACGUCUGCUGUAGAAUAUCUGAGCGACCUGAGGAAAAGACUCUGCGAAGCGGAAGAACGGGCGAGAGAAACAGGCAGUGCAAAUCAAGAGAACUACUGUAAUCGCUACAACCUAAGAACGCGGGAGAAACAGUUUCAGGAAGACGACCAGGUUCUUAUUCUAGAACGGGAUGGCACCGGAAGUUGA